UGAUUCGCCCCUGGUGCUCUGACACUUUGAGCUGCACCCCCAAGACAGUGUUUGGAUUCAAACCAGAGCCAGCAUGACCAGUAACAGUAACUUGUGACUUCACAGUCAGCCACAGAAUUCUGCCAUCAUGGUUCCCCUUGGAAACCUGCGAAGAUUCUGCAGCAGGCUCACUUGGCAGCGUUUUAGAUCAGCUGAAGCAUCUUCGAUAAAUUGGCUGUCUUCAGCUGUCAGUUUAUUAGCAGCUUAUCAACUUAGUUGUCAAGAUGGGUGGCUGUUGGUCAUGUGUGGCCUGCAGGUCUCACCCAGAGGCAGAACCAAAGGAUGAAGAUGAAAAGGGGGCACUGACAGAAACCCAACCCAUGUUGCACCAUUUUCUGGGGGACUCCCCAAUGUUUUGGGGGACACUCUGGGGAAAGGGCUCAUUGAGGAACCCUCCAUGCCAGAACCCCUUCCAGCACCUCGCAUCACCAACAACAUCCUGGGCAAAGUGCUCAUUGAGGAAUCCUCCAUGCCAGAACCCCUUCUAGCACCUCACAUCACCAAUAACAUCCUGGAGGAAGAGCUCACUGAGGAACCCUCCAUGCCAGAACCUCUUCCAGCACCUCGCAUCACCAACGACAUCCUGGAGGAAGAGCUCAUUGAGGAAACCACAAUGCCAGAACCCCUUCCAACACCUUGCAUCACCAAUGACCUACUGGGGAAAGUGUUCAUUGAGGAUACCUCAGUGCCAGAUCCUUCCAUCCUCACAGACACUCCAAAGGAAGCAGCUUCUGUGCCAGAACCCUUACUAGAGCCUUCCAUUGCUGAUAAUUAUCUUCCGCAAGAAGUAGAACUCCUCAAAGGGUUACAGCAUGACUAUGUCCAGCAGCAACUGAGGGUUUGCCGCAUUUCCCAACAGUUCCCUCAUUCUCUCCGGGCCAUCAACCUGCAAAUCGGACACACGCGGACAAGGCUCAUCCGCAGUGAAGUUCGGCUGCAGCGGUGGGAAAGGGAAGAUGUUCCUGCAGGCCCUGCUGCACUUCUCCAGCCCUCUGGGUCUGAUUCAUCAUUGUCCUCUGCCUCCCUUGAGGUUGCCUCCAUCCCACCCUCCACCUCUUCCCUCCUCCUGCAUCCCUCUCCACCUCCUCCUCCUUCCCCACCUCCUCUGGAGCCGCACCUCAGCAAUGUGAAAGAAACUCUGCAGAGUUUGGUAGAUAUGCAGGUCCAUCAGCUGCGUGACCGCCAAAGAGACCUCUGCAGCUGCCAGGAAUGCUUACAAAGCCUCAAGGCACUGAGGGGACAAUUGAGGCGGCUAAGGAGUAGACUGGCCAGGGUGGAAGCCACUAUGGGGAUCGUGGUUCCUCCAAGGGAGCUGGACGUUGCUGAGGAAGAAGGGGAAGGCAAAUUAAAAGAGACAACUGUGCUACUAUUUACAUAAGUAGCAAUAAAAUGCUGUGUAUAUUUUUUAAAUUAAAUAUUUGUUUUAAUAGGAUGUAGAGAUAGAACAGCAAUAAAACUUGCAUAUUUAUUGUUUAAAAAUUAAAAUGUUUUAUUUUAAAGAAAAUACAUUUGUCUUGCUUUGAAUAUUCUUUGGGUAGAGUUGGGU